CGUCAUCUUCGCCCUCGAAUCUUGCCGAGCCUCACCUCGAUCACUCCAGGACUUCAGAUCAAUCUAUCUUCCAUAUUACCACCCCUCUAAUCACUAGCCCGACUAGGCCACCGCCAAUAUACAGGUGCCACUCAUAAUGAUAUUCCGCACAUCAACUUCAAUACUUCUCCGACCGAGCACCUUGUCACGAUGUAAUCGGGUAUCGCUGGCUCGAAACUUGACAUCCAUCUCUGGUUCGGACAAAUCCGUCAGACCUAGAAACGUCUUGCUCGUGAAAAAGACGAACGACGAGCCGACGACCGUCGCGGCCAAGACCAUCAUCAGCCAUCUCCGUUCGACCUACCCCAACCUGAACAUACUCAUCGAAUCCGAAGCCGCACCCGAACUAUCCUCAGGCUUGAGCGGAGUAGCGAUCAUCGACCGUGAUUCUACCGUCUCCCCUAAUACCGGCGUUCGGAUAUGGGCGAGGCCGGAUAAAGAGGAGCUGGACUUGAUCAUCACGUUAGGAGGGGAUGGGACGAUCUUGCACGUUUCGAGCCUGUAUGCUCGGCCGGGGAAGGUUCCUCCUGUGCUUAGUUUUUCUAUGGGUAGCUUGGGGUUCUUGACACCUUUCCACAUCGAUACGCACGAAGAGACGAUCGGGAGCGUGUUCGACGCAAAGUACAAGAUCCUCGAUCGGAUGAGGUUGGCUUGCGAGAUAUUCGGGGAAGAUGAUCGACCAGUCAAGCGGUGUCCCACGACAGGUUGGCAAGUCAUGAACGAGGUCUCUAUCCAUCGAGGUCGAUACCCUCAUCUCAGCGUAGUAGAUGCUUAUGUCGACGGCGAACACCUCACCGAAGCCGUCGCCGACGGCCUCAUCCUAGCCACCCCAACGGGUUCGACAGCCUACUCCCUCUCCUCUGGCGGGCCGAUAGCUCAUCCGGGAUUGGAAGCCUUCCUCUUGACUCCCAUCGCUCCGAGGAGUCUGAGUUUUAGGACGCUCCUCUUGCCUAGUCAGGGAGAGGUCAUGAUGAAGAUCUCGGGCAAGUCGAGAGCCCCUUCUGAAUUGUCCAUGGACGGCCGAGAGGUCUGCAACCUGCAUCCGGGGGAAUACAUCAAGGUCAGACGGUCUCGGUACCCGAUCCCCUGUGUGACGCGGCGAGACGGUGGGGACGAUUGGGUGGCGGAUAUCAACUCAUUGUUGCAAUUCAACGUCGGAUUCAAGAACAGCUCACUCUGGCGGCGGCAUACGCCAGUUUGACCAGUUUCCAUAUUGAUUCUGUCCAUGGCAGAUGACAGACCGGUUGGGCUCGCUUGCAA